AUGUCCUUCCGUCAAAGGAGCCCCCACGGCGGCCCGGAGCGCAGCCCGCAGCCCCCUCCUCGCUGGUCCCAAGGAAGGAAACGUGGUGCAGACGGGAAGAGGAGGAAGCAGAAUGAGGCUGAUUCAUCUGUUUUUGAGGAAAUCAAGCCCAGGCCUUCUGACAGCCGGCUGGACAGCUUUACAACCCCAGAAGGCCCUGGACCCCUCUCCCGUUGUUCAGAUUGGGGAACAGCAGUGGAAGAAGAUGAGAUGAGGAGCAAUGUUAACAAAGAAAUUGCAAGGUACAGAAGAAAGCUCCUGAUAAAUGAAUUUUCCAGAGAAAGGAAGUCCUCCUCUGGAAGUUCUGAUUCAAAGGAGUCCACUGUGACAGUAGAACUGGAGACGGAUGAAGUAGUUUUGAUGAGAAGACAAAAACAGAUAAACUAUGGAAAAAACACAAUUGCCUAUGACAGAUAUAUUAAAGAAGUCCCCAGAUGCCAUCGGAUACCAGGAGUUCAUCCCAGGACUCCAAAUAAGUUCAAGAAGUACAGCCGCAGGUCAUGGGACCAGCAAAUCAAGCUCUGGAAAGUUGCACUGCAUUCCUGGGAUCCACCUACUGAAGCAGGAUGUGAUCUGCAAGAAAUUAGUCCUGUGGACCUUGGUGAGAUGGAGACAGAGUCUGUUGGAAGCAACUCCACCGAAUCUCAAACAAGCUGUCAAGACCCUGAGGAUACCUGUUGUGGCACUCCCACCAAAGUUAGACACAUUGACUAUCAAGCAGAAGGUGGAUUUGACUUGGAAGCGUGUUUAGGUGAACCACUGAAAGAUUUUGAUACUGUGAGUUAA